UAGCGUUGGAGAGAGAGAGAGAUGGUUGGCGGAGGCCAGGGAGACUUACCUGUAGCGSCAUAGCUCCAGCUUCGUCUUUGAUGUACCUGCAACAAGGCGCCACCUUCACAGAAGAGCAGCAGGGCAGAAAGGGAAUCUUGCUUGCCCUUUUUUCAUGUGUGCGCGUCUGAAUGGACUGUCCACAUGUAGCUAUCUAUUCUUCCGACUUUGGUUACCAAGAAUUUGAGAGGAAGAGGAAGAAGAGCGACAACUGUGUGAACAUAUGCAGGGUGUUAACCAUGGCAGGAACACUUUUAUCCGUCUUUCUGGUUAAUAUGCUGCACCACCAUGUCACUGCGGUCUCUGAAGGGUUUUGUGCCUCGCAUGCGGCAGGGUGAUUCGCAGUGCUUCCAGAUGUGCAGCAGUAGGAAAGCGUAUUGCGCUUAGGAAGCAGCCAGCCCAGCCCGUCACUGCGUGGAUAUCUUUCAGUCACGGCUUCAGGUCCACGAUAAAACAGUUCUGUUUCCAAAAGGAUUUGUCCGUCCAUAAUGGAAAUGGCAUUGGUAGGAAUAUAAGCAGAUACAUCUCCAGCUUGUGUUUCUAAAACAGAUAAAGCAGUCAGACUACCUGCACCAGCUUGGUCUGACAUUUUGACAGCUGUUUCUCGUGCACGGGCGAUGUGGAAAAGUGCAAGCGGACUAUAGGAGACGAAGAUGGCGAAUGGUUUUGUGAAGCGCUUGAUUGCACUGUUUAACCUGCGGCCUGCGUCGCAAUUGGAACGGCGUAUGACGCAUAGCGAAGUCUACGAUAAUGCGACAGCAGACAAACUGAAAGGCAAGGAAUGUGAGUGGCAUCGUUCGCAUUCACACCAUGGUUGGGAAAACAAAGGCAUCGGCGAGGACGGGGAUAUUCUUAAGGGUACGCCUUGCAGAAAUGCCCUAGAGGCCCAAGGAAAGUCAGGGUUGCGGCGGAGGAUUUUCCGCCGAGGACUCGGCAAGUGUGGUGUUCCGAAGGUCGAGAGCGAAGGGUGUCCUGACGCAGGGUGUGUGUGCAGCAGCAGGGUGCAUCCGAAAGGACAGGUGACAAGUGAUGAUCAUGAUGAGGAGGGUGAUGAUGAGGAUGGUCUCAGCAAUACACCAAGCUUUGCAGGGCUCUCCGAUGAUGUCAUCGUCUCCAUCUUGCAGCGAGUGCCAGACAUGCCCACUCUUGUCCGUUGCUCUGCGCUUUCCAGAAGGUUCAGGCGACUGGUGAUUGAAGUGCUCCAGGAGGUGCAGGAAGUCGCCUUGUCCAAUCCUUCGCUCGACCAGGUCAGGAACGUCCUGACUAUGGCAAGGGAUGUGAGAGAGAUCACUCUGGAGUUGGUGAUAGAUGGGGAAGGGAAAGAAUCUCAGGGUUCAGUAUUACCUAUGGUUCCUUCGAUGCUUGGGGCCCAGAAUGAACCCAUGUUCUUGAGGGUGCUGGGUAAGGGUGGGAUGGCAGAUGCACCUGCAGACACCCAGAGACCGAUGCUUGAGCGGUGGCGGCUGCGCUUCAGAGGCCCUGCGACAUGGGAGUUCUACCGCAUGGUAGUGUUGUCAUCCAUGGAGUACGCGAGGAGGGUUGUCAAAUCGGAGGCAAUCCUAAUCUCAUUCUCACUGCGUAUUGGGGUGGAGCAUCUGGCAGCACCAUCUACUUCACCAAACUGGCUGGAAGGUAACAAUGACGCGCCGUCCUCAUCAUCUUGCCGGUCAUGGUCAAUGUGGCAGAGUGGACAUCAGCGUGUUGAUUGGUUCGGAUCGGUUUUCCUUGCCACUGAUGAUGUAACGUCACCAUCUGGAUACCGUGCGGCGUGUAGGAACCUGAAACUUCUGAUGUCACCGAGGUUGUUCGCUCUGAGAUCCUUACCGCAUUCAUCGGUCAGAAAGCGUGGGUGCCUCCCACCCGUGAUGUUUGAAAUCGAAUUUUCACACGGUGUCAGCCAAAGCAAAGUGCGCCGCACAAAUAACCCAUGCAAGUUGAUCUUAUUGGAAAGUGACUUGUCCAUCCAUGUAUCAUCAUCAAAUAUUGGCCAUUCAAACUCUAGUGAGGAUAGGAAUAACAUCUCGAGCUGUGUUGCAAGGAUGCUGGAACAGUGUCUUGAUGAUAUGUCUAGCUCCUAGCAGCCUGUAGAGUAGCUUCUCUCUCUCUCUCUCUCUCUCUCUCUCUCUCUCUCUCUCUCUCUCUCUCUCUCUCUCUGUGUGUGUGUGUGUGUGUGUGUGUGUGUGUGUGUGUAAGACAUACAUUGUACAUACUUUUCUGGAGAGACUCUCUCCCACUCCCCACUCUCCACCCUUGAUGCAGCUCGAUGAAUACUGAACAAACACAGAGCAUGUAUGUUUUGGCAUCCACAGGAUUUAUUUUGAUGGUGCAUUAGGUGUGACCUUGCAUCUACUCAUUGUGGAAUGUAAGGACUUUUUUGCAGAUCUUUUCUGCACUAGAGCCUCUGCUUUGGAGGGCCGUUAUUUCGGGUCCUUGUCCGAUCUGAGGAUUCUGUCAGAUCAUGUAGUGCAUUGCUGUUUCUUGCUCUUUUCGUCACGUACAUGUGGUAUGGCCUAAUGGCAACACAUACAUGCUCCGUAGUGUCAGAUCUGAGGAGUCUGUCAGAUCAUGAGUUGGCCUGAUCGCAACAAGUCGUGGUGGCUGCCGCAGGAUAAAGGUGUCUAUGUGUCAAUGUGGUAUUUGGGCAUAUAUAUGUUGAAGAAAUGCACCGCACGUUCUGUGUGGUUGUGAACGAGAUAACACCAGUUAGUGGGCGUGCGCCGUGCACUCACCGUCAUUGCCGUUCUUGUUACUGGGGCCACCACACUCGAUCACUCUCGAUGGAACCAUGUUGGUCUGUCGUCUUCUUUGCAGUAGGCACUUGGAUGACAGAGCAGUCGGGUUUGUUUGGGGAACGGGGGGAACUUUUACUGUGUGCGUACGUUAUGUCCGUCUCCCAAUCGUCGAUGCGUUAUUGCUAUUUUUUUGGUCUGGUGAGCUGGAGCUGCUUCACAGACUCUUGGGCAAAAAGGGGGGGCAUAUGUACGAGAUCUUCGCUGUAUAGAAGCAAAACGACAGCAUGUCACUGCCGCCAGAGCACUUGCACAUCAGCGUGCAUGAUUAUCACCACGUGAUGGACUCCAUGAUGUGUGACAGCGCUCUGCCAGUGGCAUCAUGUCUUCUUGUUUGUGAAGUGAACAGGGGCACUUCUGUCCUUCUUCACUACAAAAAAAGUGGCUGGCACCGCUUUGCGCAGUGGAAUGCUAGUUUGACUUGUUUCAUUGUCAGAGCUGCUGACUGUCUGUUCGCCUGCACUGCUGGGGCCCCCACCUUUGGAUGGUGGUUGGUUUGCUUUGCCCGCAUUCGUAUCCAUUUGGUUUUGGAAGAUUGUGUGCACAAGACGGAGUGCUGAUAGUUGUGAAACUCAGCAGAGGAUCCUAGAGACGGAUGGGAAAGGUGGCGAAUUUCUUUUAGGCACAGGUUCAUGUGUCAAACAGUCGUAGGGUUUAGGAGGGGUUGUCCAUACAUGGCAUGUGUGCAUUGCGGCAGGCUUGUCCUCUAGGAAGUGGACAUGUGCUGAGGGUGGAAAGGGGGCAGGGGGCUCAGGCACAGGUUUAUGUGCCAAACGGUUGUAGGGUCUAAGAGGGGUUGGCCAUACAUGGCAUGUGUGCAUUGUGGCAGGCUUGUCCUCUAGGGCGGGGCGUCUGCUGGGGGUGGAAAAGGGAGCAGGCAACAUAGCACGGUGCUGGUUGUUGGGAACAGGUCUAUGUGUCAAACAGUUGUAGGGUCUAGGAGGGGUUGUCCAAAACAUGCACGGUUCCGGUUGUUGGGAAGGAUCUGUCACAAAGCGCACAGAGGUAGCAAAGUGCUGUGGAUGGUUGGGAAAAUUCUGGAGAUUGGAAGCCGGAAGGUGCUGGCAGGAGUGCAAGACGAGAGCAUGGAGGUGGUGCUGGUGCUGCACACAGGCAAGCAUGUGUGCUGACAUCACAUAAGGUGGUGCUGGUUGUCGGGAAUCGACCAGUACCCACGCGCAUAGUGAAUCACAGUUGGGCCCACGGGGGCAAGGUCCCCUGGGGGACUGGAUUGCACAGAGUGCAGUUGUCAAAAUGGUCAUUGGUCAGUCGGGUUGGCCAUGGCAGUACUUGGGGUAGAUACGUGCAGGAGAGAUUCAGAGGUCUUAGUUGUAACUGAUUGCACAGCGUCAUGGAUGAAUGGUAAGCACUGCUGUUGCUGUGGAGGGAGGUGCAGCGGGUUGUUUAACCAGUGGCUGACAUGGAGAAGAUAAGGCUUGUCACAGAGUGCUGGUAUUGUCUGUGAAUGAGAGUAGAGUUGACCAUAAUUGUCAUCGAACAUGCUUUCGGGAUAAGUACAAGGAAAUAUGUUGAUGUAUUGUGCCAAGGUAUCAUAGUAUAAUCAUAUGUGUGUGGCUCAAGUCUGCAGGUUUUAUUGUCGGCCGCAAAUGGCGUGGCCAUCUUUCUUCUUUUCUGUUGGACUUUUCAAGGAUGUUUAUGAUUGUGUGGCUGUGACAUAUCAUGAGCGCACGGCAAGUGUGCAGCUUUUAUCA